AUGGCAUCUGAAGCAAAUCGAAACAGUGAAGGCAUAGCUGCUGCCUGUGUCACCAAGGUAAUGGACGUGAUGUUGCAGCUGAAGAAACUGGGAGAAGAAGAUCCCAGAAGGGUCAUUCAUUCUUUUAAAGUAGCACUUGCCAUCACUUUAGUUUCUGCAUUUUACUAUUUUAAGCCUCUUUACGAUGGUUUUGGUUCCUCUGCAAUGUGGGCAGUUUUUACUGUCAUCGUUGUCUCGGAAUUCUCUGUAGGAGCAACGCUAGGAAAAGGUUUAAAUAGAGGUUUAGCAACAUUUUUGGCUGGUGCUCUCGGGCUUGGAUCUUAUUAUAUUGUCAAAUCAAUUUCAACAGGAGAUGUAGUGGAACCGUUACUUCUUGGAUUCAUAAUUUUUCUACUAACUGCAGGAGCAACAUAUAUUCGAUUUUUACCACGAAUGAAGGCAAGAUAUGAUUACGGGUUGCUCGUGUUUAUCUUGACAUUCUGUUUGGUAUCUGUAUCAAGUUACAGAGACAGUGAGAUACUAGACAUUGCACAGAAAAGGGUAACCACAAUCCUCGCAGGUGGUCUAAUUUCUGUGUUGGUCUGCAUUUUUGUGUACCCCAUAUGGGCCGGUGGUGAUCUUCACAAUUUAGUAUCAAAAAAUAUUGAAAAACUUGGAAACUUUUUAGAAGGUUUUGGAGAGGAGUAUUUCGGAAUAUCAGAGGGUGGAGAAUCAAAUAAAUCGUUUAUGCAAGCAUAUAAAAGUGUUCUUAAUACAAAACAAGUUGAAGAAAACUUGGCCAAUUUUGCAAGGUGGGAGCCCUGCCAUGGUCCAUUCAGAUUUCGUCAUCCUUGGCAACAAUAUCUAAAGAUUGGAAAUCUAUCAAGGCAGUGUGCUUAUCGUAUUGAUGCCCUUAAUGGCUUCCUUAAAUCCACUAAGACACCAUCAGAAAUCAGAAGCAAAAUACAAGAGCCAUGCAUCAAGAUGACCACGGAAACAGGAAAGGCUUUAAAGGAAUUAGCUAUGGCAAUUCAAAAAAUGAUUCCACCUUCUGCUGCAGACACUCACAUUGCGAAAUCUAAUAUUGCAGCCAUGAGCCUCAGGUCCAUGACAAAAACAGGAUUGUGGAAAGACACCAAUAUCUUUGAGGCUAUUCCUGUUGUGACUGUGGCUUCUCUGCUGCUUGAUGUGGUUUCUUGCACAGAGAUGCUACGAGAGUCAAUACAAGAACUAUCCAUCAUUGCAAAAUUUAAGAACAAGGACAGUAAAAUUGCAACAGAGCAACCAAAUAGUCCUCAUCAGGAGGAAGCUACGCAACCACGUUGUUCUGACAACAUUGGACCUUAUCAUGUUAUUACAAUCAACCAGCCUCCUACAAACUUGUCACAAAAUGUCAAUUCCUAA